UAUGUUCCUUGCUUGUUGUCCUAUUUAUUUUUUAUAAAUUACAAAAAGAAAUACCCCAGCUUCUUGAAUGUCUGGGAUGGUAUAGUAAUUAAGUUAAAAUAUUUAGUCAAAAUUCAAAUCUUUGUUAGAACUUAGAUCCCAUCUGAAAAUCUGCAAAAGGCAAUAAUAUGAAAUCGUGUCAACUAUAGAUUUGUAUCGUGCAUUAUUACUGUACUUCUGCUGCAGAAUAAAUCGGACACUGUCGACGCUGCUACCUUCAUUUGUUCUCAGAAAUUUGAUCGAACUUCGUAGCUAUGGACGGACCUUCCAGACCAAAGAAAAAACUAAAAAUCUGUGCUCAAGUGGCUACAAAUGUGGUGGAGCAAAAGCACCAAGUCUCCAGGGCUAAAAGGAGUAGAGCCCUCGGCAGUCGGGCCUUCCGGGGCAGCACAGUUUGGUUCACAGGACUCAGUGGUGCAGGAAAGACCAGCAUAGCUUUCGCUCUUGAGGCUUACCUCGUUUCGAAAGGUAUACCCGCGUACGGCCUAGAUGGCGACAACAUCAGAACAGGUCUCAACAAGAACCUUGGCUUCAGCAAGGAGGAUCGAGAGGAGAACAUCAGACGAGUGGCAGAAGUGGCUAAGCUAUUCGCCGACAGUGGCGUUGUGUGCCUGUGCAGUUUCGUGUCUCCGUUCGCUGAGGACAGAGAAGUGGCCCGCCGCACGCACACGGACUGCGACCUGCCCUUCUUCGAAGUGUUCAUUGAUACGCCACUCGAGGUUUGCGAGCAAAGGGACACCAAGGGCCUCUAUAAGAAAGCGAGGGACGGACAGAUCAAGGGUUUUACUGGUAUAACGCAAGACUAUGAGCGUCCCGAAGCUCCAGAACUGGUCAUCCAAACUGUCGGGCGGUCCAUUGAAGAGUCUACAAUGGAAGUUAUUCGGCUGCUCGAAUCACAGGGCAUCAUACCUAGACUCGAGAACGCUGUUUCCGAGGUGGAAGAACUCUUCAUUUACGGCAACCGACUGAGCAGUGCUAUCGAGGAAGCCAGCAGGCUGCCCCAAGUUGAGAUCACCUCACUCGACCUGCAGUGGGUGCAAGUACUAUCCGAGGGCUGGGCAUAUCCUCUCAAAGGCUUUAUGAGAGAAAUAGAGUAUCUGCAAGCUCUGCAUUCCAACUGUAUAACACUUCCGGAUGGCUCGCUGGUGAAUCAAUCAGUGCCAGUAGUUCUACCCGUCACCACACCAGAUAAGGAAAGAUUGGCCGGAGCUUCCGCGAUCUCCUUGGUGUAUGAGGGGAAAACUGUCGCGAUCCUGCGAGCGCCCGAGUUCUACCCGCACAGGAAACAGGAGAGAUGCUCCCGGCAGUUCGGUAUCUUCCACACCGGACAUCCUUACAUCAAGAUGAUCGAUGAAUCUGGCGAUUGGCUAGUGGGCGGUAACCUGGAAGUGUUCGAGCGCAUCCGUUGGAACGAUGGCCUUGAUGCGUACCGCUUCACCCCCAAUGAGCUGCGACAGAAGUUCAAGGAACUGAAUGCUGAUGCGGUUUUCGCUUUCCAACUCCGGAACCCCAUACACAACGGUCACGCGCUACUGAUGCAAGAUACUCAGAGACAGCUAAUUGAGCGAGGAUACCAGAAUCCAGUCUUGCUACUACAUCCAUUGGGUGGUUGGACAAAAGAUGACGAUGUGCCCUUGGAGACUCGAAUAAAUCAACAUAAAGCGGUGUUGAAUGAGGGAGUACUGGACCCCAACUCUACAGUUCUCGCCAUCUUCCCAUCGCCUAUGAUGUACGCUGGACCUACUGAGGUGCAAUGGCACGCAAAGUGUCGCAUGAACGCUGGGGCCAACCACUACAUAGUGGGUAGGGAUCCAGCGGGACUCCCCCACCCCAACGGCUCUGGGGACCUAUACGACCCCCGCCACGGCGCUAUGGUUCUUAAAAUGGCGCCCGGACUAAACGAUUUGGAGAUAAUCCCGUUCCGAGUAGCGGCGUACGAUUGUUCAGUUGGCAAAAUGGCCUUCUUCGAUCCCACGCGCAAAGAGGACUUCGACUUCAUCUCCGGAACAAGAAUGCGAGGUCUGGCAAAAUCAGGUAAGGAGCCACCCAAAGGGUUCAUGGCACCGAGCGCGUGGAAAGUACUAUCAGAAUAUUACCAGUCGUUGAAAUCCAAGAUGGACACAAAUUAAUUACAUAAUUUAAUAAUAUUAUAUACAAUCAACUAAGUUAUGUAACAAAUACUAUUUUAAAAUUAUAUAAAAUAUUUUUAGUAUAAAAAAAAAUUGCCUACGAAUGCGCGUAGUAAUUAUAGUGCAAUAUUUUUGUUUUUGUUAUAGAAAUUUGUCAUCCGUCAGAUCAAUAAAAUUUAUCGGGUUGAUCCAAAAUAUUAUGACGUUAAUUUAUCAAGUUUAGUUUAUUAUAUAUAAAUAUGAUGUAUUCAAUAAUGUGAAAUGUGAAAAGUUUGUGACUGCAAGAACUUCAUAAUUCAUAUACUUUUAAUCAGUGGACCAGUUCGCAUUGGUGACACCCUAGUGUCAUGUCACACAAGACCGAAACAUUGUGUGAAAUGGAUACAGGCUAAAUACAGUGGUGCUAUCCUUGAUAAGGCCAUUUAAACAUUUAAACAUUGAGCAACAUCAAACUACCUGUAGUAGGGUUAUUUGCAGUAAGAACUAACAGCAGUCUCCAAACUGCUAUUUUAGAGUUCUUUAUUCUUUGGUCACAAUUUUCAAUAUUUUAAAGAAAAUAAUAAAAUGAAUUAAGUAAAAUAAACGCUUCGUUUCAGUCACGUGACUGUUAUGAUGAUCAAAAAAAUUUUAAUUAAAAUCGCUCGUUAAAAUAAAGGUUUAAGGUUUUUGUUAAACAAAAGUAAUGGUUUAAAAACUAAUUUUGAAUAUAUGAGGAAUGUUCUAGAAUGUUUUGGAAAUAUUGAAUUUUAAAUUUUAAAGGAUUAUUGUUGGUUGUUUAUUUUUAAUCACAGUUGGGUGUCACCCCGACCGGGUCAAAUACGCCACUGACUAUUACGACAAAGAACCUAUACAUUCCUGUAUUGACUAUAGAUAACUGUGUGUAAUUAAUACACAUUCCAAUUUAAUUGUAUUUAAUAAUGUUUUAAUUGUGAAUUUUCAUGUUAGUUAUGUUACCGAAAUAUGUCUUACUUUUUUAGAUAAGGAGGUUUAUACUGUCAUGCUAAUUUUUUUGUUAAUAUAUACUUAUCUAUCACACAUAACUCACCUAAAGCUGGAAAACACUUUCAACACGCGACGCCUACGUGUUUGCAGUCAAAACAUAUAUUGGAUUUUGUCCAAAAACACAUUACAAAUAUUAUUUAGUAUUAUUAAUGUAUUAUGGAACAAAAAAUACUUUGUGCUCCAAGUAUUUUUUGUUCCAUAAUAAGUUUAACCCACAAGGCUUGGCGUGGAGUAACGUGUUGUGAGUAUGAUUUACAUAUAUUAAUAUAUUAGGUAUGACAGUUUAUAAUUACGGAUUUUUUUUGCACAAUGAAAAUCAAAUAAGAAUAAAGGGCACAAAUUUAUUUUUUUGUUAAAUAUAAAGUCUAUGUAUGGUAAACGGAAACA